UGUCCCUUUAAUGGUGAUGUAGCAGGGUUAGCUGAUGUAGGACGGUGCGUCUCCUGCUGCUGCUGCUGCUGCUUCACUCGCGCUGAGCUCCACCAUCAUGGCCUCCACACCGACACCACCGAGGAUGAAGCGAGCAGCCAGCGGCCCUUCUUCCCUUCUUCCCGGUGCGGAGACGGACGUCAAGCCGAAGCAGAGGCACCGGUAGAGGCGAGCCGCGCCGGGGAGGAGCCGCCGCCUCACAUCCCGAUGCCACCCCGGUCUCCUCCAUGCCUUCGUCUAAACACAAGUACAGCUACUCCAUAAAGAAGAGCGGGGAGAGCCCGGGCACGAACAUGACCACCAACCGGGAUUAUUCCGUCAAUCUAUCGGUGCAGCAGGUGCUGAGCCUCUGGGUGCAAGGGACGACGCUGCAGCAUUUCACAGAAAUGUGGUACUGGGUUUUCCUGUGGUGUCUCUUCUCCUCGCUCUUUGUCCACGGGGUGGUGGGGCUGCUCAUGCUAGUCAUGCUGCAGCGCCACAAGAGAGGCCGCCUCAUCACCCUGGUGCUGGUCAGCGUGGGUUUCCUGGCAUCGCUCUCUGGAGGCGUCAUCACCAGUGCAGCGGUGGCAGGCGUUUACCGCGUGGCAGGGAAGGACAUGGCGCCACUGGAGGCUCUGGUGUUCGGUGUGGGCCAAACCGCGCUCUCUGUCGUCAUAUCCUUCUCUCGCAUCCUGGCCACUCUGUGAAGAACAAAAACAAACCCUCGACAAGCAGAAGGACAGAUGCCGACACCCCGCAACAUGAAUCGAGCCAAUCAGAGACGUCACGUAACGCGCCAUGACCUCAGAGAAGAGGAGGAAGGCAGAUAUCCUUUGGACCUUUAGGGCUGGAUGGAAGGACAGAGUGCCCCCUUGUGUCUCUGUCCUGUUACUGCUAGAAUCACAGAGCAGCAGCAGGUGGAGAUCCUCUGAACUUGAAAGCCAUGAUGGGGGCGGGGGAGGUUUCCAGCGUUUGUGCCAAUGACCUUUUCUGGGACAAAGAUGCCUUCGUGGCCACUGACUCUUGAAGGCUCUCUGUUGCACUCGCGUGGGAAAGAAAAGCAAUUUUUAAAAAAUGUGAAUCGACAGUGACGACCUGUCGUCACGAUGUAAUGACCGCCUUGAGAACAAAAGGAAGCGAAGACCCAACAGUGUUCAGGAGCAGAAACACCCUCUUCAUCAGCCUCACCAUCAUGCAGAUACAGGCGCUAAAGCGGCGCCAUUGAACUCCUGAGUCGAAGAUACAGCUUUGAAUUGUGCACGUUGCAUUAGUUGGAGACGCUGUUUGACCUAAGAUGGAGGUGGAGCUGAACGCGUGGAGGAGAAAACCAGCAUCAGUGCUGCAAACGUUGGUUUGUCGUGUUGAAAUAUUGAUUUAUUAUGCGUCAACCAGAACAAAACUCCAAGAGGAGACAUUUUGGGGAAUACAGUUGUUUACGUAGUGUAACUCUUACUCUUGUGCCUGUGCGGUAAAAGAUUUUGGGUCCAAUUGAGCACCAGACCGCAUAACCUUUGAGAUUGAGUAUGAGUCUGGAAAGGGUUUCGUCACCUCCCACUUCCAAUCAGACCAAUGAUCCAGGUGAAGUAUGGCUUCCUUGACUUCCAGACGUGUAGUGAGAGGAUGACCAGACAUAAUCCUAAUUUUUACAACCAGUCAAAACUGCAGUCUUUCAUAGAGUGAUUGUACUGUAUCUUGAGCAUAUUUGCUGUCACACAUAACUCACACAGUCGUCAAGGGGCAGGUUUUGGGUUCAGUGUCUUGCCCCGAGGACACUGCCGCGCGCAGGAAGGAACAAACUAAUAUCUCCUGACCCUGACGCCAUAAAGUGCAUUUGAUCAUUUAUGACUCCUGAUUUAAGAAUCCUGGUGUGUUAAAGGAGCUGUGAUGUGAAUGACAUCAGCUGGAUAUGAAGUAACAAUAAAAUAAUCCAGGUCGUGCUGCAAAACAAAUAAGACAAUUUUCUUGUUUGCGAAAACAUUAAUAAUCUGCCUUCAUAUCUGUUUUGCUCUAAAGUCACAGUUGAUGAGGCGAGUGUGUGGUAAUCCCCACUCUUAAAUCAUGUGUUUAUCAAACUUAAAAUAUUACAAGUUGGGUCUGAAGUGCACACUCUUGCUCUAUAUGUAUACAUUUUUACUUGACAUUGUGAUAGUGACACUCAUUUAUAAUGUAGGUCACUCCUCCUUGACACAUGUGCUGGUCAUCACAGUGAUUAGCCUCCGCCUGUUGUGAGGGAGCAAACAAUCAAAGGAGAUUUUCACAUAGUGAAUCCAAACAUUUUCUCUCCUUAAAACCUUAAUGUUAGCUCCUCUUUUGGGGAAAGAUACUUUUUCAUUAGCAAUGAACCUGAGAGAUGGUUACAUUCAACAAAGUCUGUUGCUACUGAACUAUUCACAUUUUUGCAUUUAAUCCUACAAUUUGUGUCAUACUAGUAUAGUGUCAACUAGUAUACUAGUUUUUCCAACAUGUGACUGACCAAGGGCAAUUAAUGACUCAUGUAAUCAUGUAAUCAUGUAAUCAUGUAGUCAUUCCUUUCAAAGAAAUGUAUUUAUUUGUCUAUACAAGGAUGUUUGAAGAUGUUACAAAGAAUAAUCUAAUAUAAUGACGCUAAUGAAACAAAGCUACAUUAUAAAGCUAAUGAAACAAAGUUACUAAAACUAAUGAAGCUAAUAGAAUAAAGCUAAUUAAACUAAUAAAGCUAAUGAAACAAAGCUACUAAAAUUAAUGAAGCUAAUCAAACGAGCCUCUAAAGCUAAUGCAACUAAUUAAGCUAGUACAAUAAAGCUAAUAUAAUAAAACUAAUAAAGUUAAUGAAAUGAAGCUUAUAAAAUAAUGCUAAAACUAAUAAAGCCACUGAAAUACAGAACACACACAGAAGAGCUGCAGAGCAUCUAUUAGAAAUCUUUUUUGUGUUGAUAUAUUGUGUUUUUCUCGGUGUUAAAACUGUCAAAUUAGCCUGGAUUGUUUGUUCCCUCCUACACAGGUGGAGGCUAAUUGUUGUGAUUACCAGCGUGAGUGACCUACAUGAUAAAUGAGUGUCAGUGUCACAGUGUUUCUGGUCUUGUGUCAUCAAAUGUAAGUCAAAUGUGUGCAUAUGGAGCGAGAGUGUGAGGCUUUUUCAUGUCUUCAGUCUUGUUUCUUUGUCAGCUUGAAGAGCAACAUUGCUUUUUCAAUCUGUCAUUGUGUCUGUUUGCGCACGUAUUUUAAAGAUCUGAGGAUCUUCUCGUGUGUGUCAAACCUCAAGACUGAAAACAGGAAACAAAAUGUACACACCAGCUCCUCUGUAUAUUCACAAGAACACAUCCUACACAUUUAAAAAUAAACCAAAAAAACUACAGAUUCUGGAACGUCAUUUUAGUUUUGUGGAAGUUUUGCACUUUUUAAUGCUCUCAAGUGAUUAUUAUUAUGUGAUUUUGUUUGAUUAAUCUGCGUGCAAGAGAUGUUUAUUCAGAUCCAAAUCCAAAGAUUUGUCACGGAGGGCAGAGAAAAGCAUCAGGAUGAAACUGGAUGUUUAAAAGAAAGAAAUGUUCGGUUGUUAAAUUGAUAAGGUCACCUUCAAAGUCGGUCUUAUUUCUCUCGUACAGACACAAGAGUUCUAUAUUCUUCACAUCAAAGUCUCAACAGGAAAAUGAACAAGUGUAUUUCCUGAAGGUGUGUCUUAUAAGAUAAGGUUGACGUUUGUCUUCAGCGGUUUUAUUCAGGUCUGCUUUGAUUACGAUCUGGUUUUUCUACAUCAGUUUUAAAGGUUGUUUUCACACAUUCUGUGUCUGUGUCACUGCAGUUUGAGAAAAGUCCAGCCCUAAGUUGUCCUCACACAAAGGUCAGACACGUUCUGCUGCUCAGAUUUGCCUUUUCUUUUCUUUAUGUCGUUUAUUAACCCAUGUUCCGUAAAUUUAACUUUGCAUUUUGCACUGAAUUUAAUCUGCCUUGUUUUUUUUUUUUUAAGCAUGAUGUGCUGAUGAUGAUACGACUGUGGUGUACGUGUUCCAGUUCAGUAUUUACACCAAACAUGAAGAAUGUGCUUGAAACCACUCUUUUUACACAUUUCUGGGGAGAAAUUGAUUCAAUUUCAGUUUAUUGCCCCUUAAAGGUGCAGUAGGCAGGAUUUAAAAAGUACUAUUUUAAGUUAUGAUAUUUUCUUGUUUUGUUUCGCGUAUUUUUUCAAUGCAAUCUUUUCACUGUAGGAACCGAAGAGCAAAUAUUGUCCCGUGUCAGGCCAGGUUUUCAUAUAUAAUAUAAAGCCUUGAAACAGAGGAAGGAGUUUCAGAGGUCUGCUUCUCUCUCAUAUGUGUAGAUAUAUAUAUAUAUAUAUAUAUAUAUAUAUAUAUAUAUAUAUACAUAUGUAUAUAAAGUGUAAAUGUCUUGCCUACUGCACCUUUACUUGCUCAUUCAUUGGCACAGAGAAGUCAAGCAGAUUUCUUUUUUCACAGCACCAAACCCGGGGUGAGAGGAUUUAUGUGAUAAUACCAAAGUAUCACUCACAUCAUAGAUUUAUUUAUCUUUAUUUUUUAUAAUUUUAAUUAAUACUUUAAAAGAUAAGUUUUAGUUUUCAUCCAUUUUGUGACAUUUGCACAUUGGCUCGGUGUCACUGAGCUUGUGAAGCCACAAUCUUGCGAAUUUGGAAAAACAGACUUUGUGUAGUGAACUGUGCGCUGUAUGUCGUUAUGUAAUUGUCACGGCUCACCUUCAGUGCUCACUCUGCUCACAAGAGGGCGAUAUUGCACAGCGAAGGAGCCUGAAGGAAGAGUUUGGCUGUUUGGACUGAGGAUUAUUUAUUUGAUUUGAUGAAGACUCUUAUUCUUAUCUUAAAAAUACACAUUAUGAAUGUUUUAGCUCAGUUUUUCAGGGACCAUGUGUGAGUUGCUGCUGAUGACUCUCUCUCUGUUUGACGGUGUCUGAGGGGCAGCCUCUGCAUGUGUGUGUGUGUGUGUGGCCGUGUUCAGUGUCGUAGUUAAACAGGAAAAUCUGAAUUUUCUUCUCUUGUUGGUGAAGUUUGUGCACAUUUUCUCGUGGACCCUCAAUGUGUCAAAAAGGGUGAGGACCUAAUUGUCGGUGACGCUGUGUCCAUCCCAAACAGGUCACUGAGCAAUGUCUGACACCAUGUGUUGGAAAUGUUUUUUUUUAUCUGCUGUGUCAGGAAACCAAAAUGUGCGGCGACGUUGUCAGGUCAGAGUUUUUGUUCUGCACCCUGAGCUGCGUCGAGUAAAAAGCUUCCCACAGAGGAGUGCACAUCACAAUUAACAUGGAUUAUAUUUUUUAUUUUUAACCAAGUUGCCAGGAUCAUACAGUAUACUGACUCUGUAUGUUUCUGCAAACCAUCUGGUUCCUGUGAGCUCACAUUUCUGAACCAAACGUACGUUACUUAUUGACAUGUCUGCAGAUAUAGGCGCAAAAAACACUCGUUAUUAGUAGGAAAAUGGUUGUUUGCUCAUAGUUUCUGUGUCACAUCAUGAAAAGUGUAAAAACACUGAUCAUGUCCCUGUAACACCCUCGAAACCUCGUUACAGAGUAAACACACCGGGUGUCCGCAUGAUGUCCAAAUCUCUAGUUUAAACCUGAUGCGCACGUGAAACCUUUAAAUUGAUAACAACACACUGUUUCACUGUGGUAAAAGACAGUGGACUGCUGUCCAAUCCUGAAAAAGUCACCUUGUCACAGUGUUAAAACCCACAAUGACACUGUGAAAUCCAUUAAACACUUUGUAACAGGUGUAAAAAGUCAUCUUAGCACUGUAAAAAACAGAUUUAAGUCCUCAUAACACAGAAAAAAAGCCCAUAACACUGUAAAAUCCAUGAGUGUGUGUGUGUGUGUUCCUGCAAUAUCUGAGGAGACACCCAGCAACUAAUAAUACCUUCUUAGACCUUUUGGAAAUGCCACUGCACUGCAGCGAGAUGCCCGGCUCAAUAAUCCUGGCUCCUUCACGGGCUUUUAAAUGAGGCUGCCCCUUCAGUCCGCUGAAUAAAUGCCACAUCUCAUGUGCUGUGAGUGCAUGCGCAGUGCAGCAGCUCACAUAAUGUGUGAAUGGACUCGACGGACAAUCCAACAAGAGACAAUGUCGUACAAAAAUCCAAAGUGGCACAUGUAGAUAGUGUACGAUAUGUUUUUUUUAAUUUUGUACCAGCCACACUGCUGAUAUUUAUAACUAUUGCCUAUUUCUGUACAAAAUAGUUUUCCUGUACAUACUCAACAGUAACUUGAAAUAAAAACACCUUUUGCAGAAUAA